UGUUGGCGGCUGCGGCGGGCGGAUGGCGGCGGAGCUGGGAGCGGGGAUGCGCAUCUUCCGCGAUAUACUAAGAAGAGCAGACAAGAAUGACGACGGAAAGCUGUCCUUUGAUGAAUUCAAGGCUUACUUUGAUGACGGAGUUCUGAGUGGAGAAGAGCUGCAUGAACUUUUUCACACCAUUGAUACGCACAAUACUGACAAUCUCGACACAGAAGAGCUCUGUGAAUACUUCUCCCAGCACUUGGGAGAGUAUGAAAAUGUUCUUUCUGUCUUGGAAGACUUAAACAUGACCAUACUGAAGGCUAUGGACAAGACAAAGAAAGACUACCAGGAAGCUUCUAAUUUGGAGCAGUUUGUGACUCGCUUUCUUUUGAAGGAAACACUCAACCAGCUUCAGUCCCUCCAGAGCUCCCUGGAGUGUGCCAUGGAAACCACAGAGGAGCAGACUCGACAGGAGAGACAAGGCCCAACAAAACCAGAAGUGCUCUCGGUCGAGUGGCCAAGAAAACGCUCAGCUCGAAGGCUUCAGAGGAACAACAGCCUGGUGCCAACCAGCCCUCAGUUUAGCACAGGCUGGAUUGAGGAAGACAGCCAGUGGAUGACCCAGAUCAACAGACUCCAGAAGCUGAUUGACAGGCUGGAAAAGAAGGACCUAAAGCUUGAGCCAUUUGAAGAGGAAGUUCUGGAAGAAAAUGCAAGACCUCAGCACAUACUGAUCGUUCAGCGUCAAAUGUCUGUGAUAGAAGAAGAAAGAGAGCCAUUCCGGGUUGCCCUCAAGCAGUACGUGGAAUCUGCCGCUACUCAGGCCGGCUGCUUGCAUGUUUCCAUACAGAAGCUUCCAAGUGACUCCCGCUUCAUUGUGUACGAGUUCUGGGAGAACAGCAAUGCCUGGAAUAGCCACCUUCAAAUGAAUUACAGCAAGACAUUCCAAAAAAGCAAUGUGGACUUCUUGGAGACUCCAGAGCUCAUCACAACAAUGCUGGUCCCUGCCUCCUGGUGGAUCCUCAACAACAACUAGCAGCUGUGGGUGAAUGUUAAUGUUGCAAUGUUCUUCAUUACAGUGAUGUUCACCAGCAGCCUGAGGUGUGCUGGGGUAGGGGUUUGUGAUGUGGUGCCGUUUGUUGUUAUGGAUGUGAGCUUCUCCACCUUCAAGUAAGGAAAACUGCACAAUCACUGCCUUCUCCUCCUGUGGCUAGUUCAGUGAGCUGAUGCAUUCCAAAAGGUGAAAUAAGACAACUGUGCUAAAUUGUUCGUUGUGUAUGUUCAGCCCAAACUGUCACAGAAAAGUGCAUCUCGAGUGGUGUGACUAAGUACUUGUGCAAGUUUUAGUCUCGUGUUAAUAAACAAUUGUUAC